GGCAUUUUUUGAUCAGUUCCAUAUUUUAUUGGUCAUCCCUCUCCCAAAAAGCCAACCAAUCCCAAUAAUAAAUCACAAAAACCCAUCAAAAUUCAAUAAAAAAAAUUUCUUCUUUUGGGUAUCGCUUGAUCUUUGGAUCCAAGAAAACGAACUACUAAACCAAACCCACUUCAAAAAUAACUCUCUUCCUUCGCCUCUACGCAUCACAAAACCCCAAAAAAAAAAAAUAAAAAAAAAAAAAAUCCAAACUUUAUCUUAUCCACCAACACCCUCUUCUCCAUCUUAUGAACAAUAUUUGAUUGUUGAUCAUAUGAUGGUGGAGAUUUCAAGAACAACAAAAGGGUUCUUGAAUCAUAGAAAAGGGAAGAGCUUUUUCUUCAGAUAUUUCAAAUUCCUUCUCUGGAUUUCUCUCUCCUUCUAUUUCUUGGCCUCCUUUCUCGUGACCCAUAAUCCCAAUUUGGGUGUCUCUAAUCUCAACGCCCUCCCCUCCUCCAAAGCUCUCGCUGAAAAAUCCGCCGUCGAUUUCAAACUCUUCGUGUACGAUUUGCCGCCGGAGUUCAACGCCGAUUGGCUUUCCGACGGCCGCUGCGGCCGUCAGUUGUUCGCUUCCGAGGUGGCCAUUCAUAGGGCCCUUUUGACCAGCCACGUCAGAACUUUAGACCCCUUUGAGGCCAAUUUCUUCUUCCUUCCCGUUUAUGUCUCGUGCAAUUUCAGCUCCGUUAAUGGGUUUCCGGUUAUUGCACACGCACGCUCUCUCCUGGCCUCCGCCGUCCACGUCAUCUCCGGCCAGUACCCGUUUUGGAAUCGCAGCGGUGGCUCCGACCACGUCUUCGUCGCCUCCCAUGACUACGGUGCUUGCUUCCAUGCCAUGGAGGACGUGGCUAUGGCGAAUGGAAUACCGCAAUUCUUGAAGAACUCGAUUAUUUUACAGACGUUUGGAGUCAAAUAUAAUCACACAUGUCAGGAUGUUGAGAACGUUGUCAUACCACCGUAUGUUUCGCCGGAAUUCGUGGAAGCCGCCGCCGUUGACGGCAGCCGGAGAGACAUCUUCGCGUUUUUCCGGGGAAAAAUGGAGGUCAACCCCAAGAACGUCAGCGGCCGAUUCUACGGCAAGCGGGUUCGGACGGCGAUUUUGAAGAAAUUCGGCCGCGACCGGCGGUUUUACCUCAAGAGGCGGAGGUUCGCCGGUUACCGGUCAGAGAUAGCGCGGUCGGUUUUCUGUUUGUGCCCUCUAGGGUGGGCCCCGUGGAGUCCUAGGUUGGUUGAGUCGGUCGCACUCGGUUGCGUGCCGGUCAUCAUAGCCGACGGCAUCCGGUUGCCGUUUCCCGACGCCGUGGACUGGCCGGGUAUAUCGUUGACGGUGGUGGAGAGAGACGUCGGGAAAUUGGGGAGAAUUCUCGAACGCGUGGCGGCGACCAAUCUCUCCGCCAUCCAAAACAACCUCUGGAACCCCAAAAAUCGGCGGGCCCUACUGUUCAACAACCCUAUCCAACUGCACGACGCCACGUGGCAGAUUCUUACAGCCCUGGAGAAGAAGUUGGACAGGUCGUUCAGGUGUUCGGGGGUUUUAAGCCAACAAGAGGACGACACGUAGGAUAGAGACGGAAAGAAUAUGCCAGCUGGAUUUUAGAAAAAUGUUUUUGUUGCACGGGGGAGGGGUGGAGGAUUUUGAUUGGGCGGCGGGUGACACGUGGCAACUCGUAAAAUCUGGUUGACUCAGUUAGGUUACAGAAAUAGUUAGUUAAAAAUUAAAAGGAGAUAGUGACUUCCAACCCCUACGGAAAAAUCACAAUUUUGAUCAAUGUAAAUGUUUGUAUAAAGUCCUAAGAAAAAAAUGGUCCUUUUUCUUUUUAUUUUUUUAUUUUUUUAUUUAAUGUUGCAAGUGGGAGAGAUAUUUUUUGUAAUUAAACUAUUAAGAGUUUUUUUAUAAAAAGAGAGAGAGAGAGAGAAGGGAAUAUAUAAUAGGAAUUCAGGACAAUUUUUUUUAAUUUAUUUUUCCAUUUUAUAAUUAAAGAAGGUGUUAAUUUACGUUUGAGUUGAA